UCGGCGCCUGGAUUCCGACUUCCCCGCCCAGCCGCAGAGCCCGCGCCGCGGUCGCCCCGCCGCGCUCGCAGAGGCCGCCAUGGGCACCCCGCGCUGGCUCGCGCUGGGCAGCCUCCUCGCCCUGGCCGCGCUGCUGGAGGGCCGGCUGCUGGGCGAGGGGGAAGCCGGCUUCGGCGAGUGUGACAAGUUCUUCUACGCCGAGACGCCGCCUGCGGGGCUGGCGGCCGAUGCGCACGUGAAGAUCUGUCAGCGCUCCGAGGGCGCCGAACGCUUCGCCACCCUGUACAGCCUUCGGGACCGCAUCCCCGUGUACUCGGCGUUCCGCGCGGCGCGCCCCGCGCCCGGCGGCACCGAACAGCGCUGGCUGGUGGAGCCGCAGAUUGAUGAUCCUAACAGCAGCCUUGUGGAGGUGAUUAAUGAGGCUGAGGCCAUCACUUCUGUGAACAACCUGGGAAACAAGCAAGCCUUGAAUACAGAUUACCUUGAUUCUGAUUACCAAAGAGGACAGUUGUACCCAUUCCCCCUUAGCAGUGAUUUCCAGGUGGCCACAUUCACUCUCACAAACUCAGUUCCGAUGACCCAGUCCUUCCAGGAACGGUGGUACAUGAAUCUCAACAGCCUAAUGGACCGGGCCUUGAUCCCACAGUGUGGCAAUGGAGAAGACCUAUAUAUCAUCACAGGUGCAGUGCCCUCAGACCGCAAGGUGAAAGACAAAGUGACCGUCCCUGAGUUUGUUUGGCUGGCGGCCUGUUGUGCUGUCCCUGGAGGAGGCUGGGCCAUGGGCUUCAUCAAGCACACCCGGGACAGUGAUAUCAUAGAAGAUGUGAUGGUGAAAGAUCUUGAGAAACUGCUUCCAUUUAACCCUCAGCUGUUCCAGAACAACUGUGGUGAAACUGAGCAGGACACAGAGAAAAUGAAAAAAAUCCUGGAAGUGGUUAACCAAGUCCAGGAUGAGGAGCGAAUGGUGCAAUCUCAAGAGAGCUCUAGUCCCCUCCCCAGCACCAGGAGCAAGAGGUCUGCUCUGUUGCCUCCAGAGGCAGCCAAGGGGAGUAGUAGCUUUUUGGGAAAACUCAUGGGUUUCAUCGCUGCCCCAUUCAUCAAGAUUUUCCAAUUAAUUUAUUACCUUGUGGUAGCAAUCCUGAAGAACAUUGUCUAUUUCCUGUGGUAUGUUACCAAGCAGGUGAUUAAUGGUAUAGAAAGUUGCCUUUACCGCCUGGGCUCAGCCACUAUCUCAUACUUCUUGGCCAUUGGGGAAGAGUUGGUGAGCAUCCCCUGGAAGGUUCUUAAGGUCAUGGUCAGAGUCAUCAGGGCCAUUCUCCGAAUCCUCUGUUGUCUGCUGAAGGCUGUUUGCCGUGUUCUAAGCAUCCCUGUCCGAGUCCUUGUGGAUGUGGCCUCUUUCCCUGUGUACACCAUGUCCGCAAUUCCAAUUGUGUGCAGGGACAUCACAGUGGGGCUUGGUGGCACCAUCUCUUUGUUCUUUGACACUGCUUUUGGCACCAUGGGUGGCCUAUUUCAGGUUUUUUUUAGUGUCCUCAAGCGGAUUGGCUCCAAAGUUACUUUUGACAAUUCUGGGGAGUUGUAGAACUCAAAAAACCAAUAGUGUCCAUUCACAGUGAAUUUGAUUUUUUUAAAUAGAGAAAGCUGGGAUAGUUUGUCUCUACCAUGGGUUUCUGUUCACUGUCAAUGAUCAUAAUAUUUCACCUUUGGUGGGGGUGUCUGCCUGUUUUUGCACAGGAAGAUGGCACAGUUAAGACUUGACCCAAGAGAAAUGCUCAGGAUGGAAUUAGAUGUAGUAAUCAGCUGUGUACUUCCAGUUAUCUGUGCAAACUUCCAAGCCACUAAUAAUUUCGUUAUUCGCGCUGAUGCAGAUGACCACCUGAAAGCUGUGGUGUCCACUGGGGAUCAUUAAAAAUUACAGAGGAGGAAAGAAUUAGAGGACAACUUUAAAACAAAGGGUAUCUGAGAAGUGAAGAAAGGAAUCUCGUUUCUCCCACCACUCUUUGGGACUUAACAUAAAACAGGUU